CGUCUCCCCUCCCGGCUGUGAGUGCAAUUUGACAUUUGUCAACAAGGUGCCAUCCUUCAUGCUUCUCCGUGCAGCACUCUUGUACCGGAAUUAAAGAGAGACGGUUCUUCAUCCAAGUAGCUUCUCGUCCUCUACGUGGACAUGGCAAAAAGGAUUUCCGCUAAAAAGUCUUUCAAAAGUUGGUUCUCAAAGAGUGAACCCAGUCUGGACGAAUCGACGGGGAAGACUCCGGAGACAAAGUCAGGUGACAAAAAGAAGUUCAAGUUGCCAAAAUUCACCAUAAAGUCGAAGGGGAGUCCCUCGUCCUCGAAGGCAACAAGUGAGAAGCAACACGUGAUCAGUACUGCUGAACCCAUCAACAGUCCAGUGGAUAGACCUGGAUGGGCUGAUAACUCGGAGAAGAUCCGAGAUGAUAUCUAUGCCACCGCACCGAGGUCAAAGAUCCAGGAUUUCAGCUACUCUGAGUCAGAUCUCAGUCAUCCCAAAAAGUUUGCCACCUUCUCCUUCGGCCUUCUCAAAAAGAAGAAAAAGAAGAAAGAUGGGAAUAUAUCCAGAAGCACUUUCGGCCUCCAUAGCCCUGACGCCGAGGAGUAUGAUGAGGACCACGAAGACGUUAGCCAGACGGAGAAAAAUGAGGCCAGAAGAAAAGGAAUGCUCAGCAAGUCUCAGCCAGUGCUGGACACCAGUGAUUCCUUUGACAUCCCUUCUCCUCCUUCUAUCCAUUCAAACCUCUUACAAUCCUACUUUGCCGUCUCAAACCAGACCCCUGUCUCUCACACGGCAAAAGUACAACCUCAGGAGCCUCUAACAAAAAGCUCUGACCAUCUUCUGCAAGAUGACCCAGUUCCUUCAGAGGAUAAAAACAACAUUCCUACGGAUGACAAAUAUAAAUCAGUUGAUACUGCUUCUACAUUUGCAGAAACAACCCCUGAGCAGAACCAGCGUCUGUUGACGACCUUAGAUGGCGAAGCAAUCGAUAGCAACUCAUUUGCUCCAGGCUUUGAGCAGUCAAAUGCAAACACAGACGUACCGAUCACAGAACCCAUCAGGACUCCGAUAUCUUAUCACGAAGUAAAUGCCACAGACACACUUUAUGGCUCAACUGCAAAUAGUCAAGCCUCAUUGGCUUCUAAUGACCCUGCUCCUUGGACAGAAUCAGGAACGGUUCAACAAGAGGUCUUAUUUCCUCACACCGAACCAUCCGUUCUUGGCGUUACAGAAAAUGUCACGAUCGACGAAAAAACUGACCUCCCUGUCAAUCGAGAUGAAGUUUACGGUGCUUUGUACGAAUCACUGUUCCCACAAAGUUUCACCUCAGAAAUUAAGUCUGGUCUACUAACCGAUCAUGUCGAAAUCACCCCCGAUCCAAGAACUGUUAUCAAGUCGGAGCAAAUUCUGAUUGAAACCCCUUCAUAUUUUCAGAACGAAAGAGAUGUUGUUUACUCCCGUCCAUCGACCAAUAGCAUGGAUCAUGCGUUCUCCGGUUUCAAUGAGCCAAUGAGGAUUUCCUCUUACAAUACCCCUACAACCUCCGAGGUUCAAAUAAACACGCAUUACCUUCGCAGUUAUCAGAAUUCCGAAGUAUCGGACAACAGUUCUUAUCCAGUCUACCAACACGCAAGCAUCAAGUCAAAAAACUUCAGUCCUUUUGAAAACGCACUCAUUUCACUCCCGGUCGCUUCAAACUCGGCCCCUCUUGUUGAUGACGAAGUAGCAUCCCAAGGGACAGACACUCAGAUUACCGACUCCGUAGGGAAGGCCGUUGUAGUCAAAGAAGUAUUCUUCAACGAGAAGCGCACCGACUUUAGUCUUUCCUCGUCUAAGCAAAAUAACAUGAUCACGGCGACGGGUUUGAAGAUGGACGCAACAAGUGACGCGAUCGUUUCUCCUCAUCCUGGACUCAUGGAAGGUUAUGUGGUUCCUUGCAGUCCGGUGUAUCUGAGUGUAGGAUCAGAUGUUGGGAGCGCUGUGGACAUUUAUUACAGCGCCGAGGAGGACAAUAUGGACAGUUUGGAUGAGCAGAAGUACAUCAUGGACAAAAUAGAAGAAGACAUCUCUCGGGGUCCUUCAGAGGUCACCGAAUUUGAGAAGUCGGACAGGCUUCUCAAGGCGGAGACAGGCAAGACAGUUCACAAUGUCGACCUACAUCUCGAUCAAUUCCCAAGAACCCAGAAGAAUGAAUACCAAGUGUCAGAAACUGGUAAAACUGAGUUUUUUAACACUGAAGAUGAAAGUAUCGAGGUGAUACAGGUUGAAGCCAAAGUACUGCCACAGAUUAAAGAAGAAGAGUUACUGGCCACACCGGUUCUGCAGGUGAAAACACAGAAGGUAUGUGAGUUUGCUACACCCUCCAGCAGCCCGCAGGGGGGGGAGGGUACCCAUGGAAAGUGGGUUGAGGUCAUUAAAACAGUAGACCACCUUAUCGGAGAGGAGCAACCCCCGAGUGAGGAGAUGAAAUAUCCCCUUGAAAGAAAAUUAGAACUUAAGACCAACACAAAAGAGGAAGAAAUGAGAAUGCCUGAAUUUAUAGCAAAAGAGGAGAAACUUUCAACGAUUAAAAACCAGAGCAUAGAAUCUGCACACAUCAACAGUAUAAAUACAAAAAGUGCAAUCACUGAGAAUUCUGGUGUUGCAAACCCGGUCACAAACACACUGAUCCACAGCGCAGAGCUGCAAUCAGAAGCCGUAGAAGCAACUGAACACAAUAGGGCUCCACCGGAGUGCGAGUGGGUGGAUACAAUUACUGGAAGUGCGCAGGGAAACGGCGCAGGGCAAGAACAGGUGGCAGUGGAGCUGUCAGAAGCUAACACGCACCUGCCGGAUAGGGAAGAUCCACAGACGCUCUUGGAAAGACAACGCCGGCAUCCACCAGACGCCCCGUCUGACCUCAAACAGCGGUCCUCCACAGUAGCUUCAGAAGCCUUUAAUUCAGAAGAAUCUGUGACAAACCGAGAAUCCAAUGUCAAAAUGAAUUCAGGCUACAGCAGCCUGAGCACCACCCUUUCCACGAAAACCUCGCCUGCAGACAAUCUUGAUGAAUCGAGAUACAGAUUCCGUAAAGUAUCCCUGGUCCGUGAGACUGACGCCGCCACGCCCAAGCAGGAUACUGUGGACUUCAGAGCAGAGUCAAACGGAACAACUCUUGCCACAGACUACAGUUGGAAAGAUUCAAUCGACAGCUCAUCCAGAUAUACGUUUAAAACAGAAGAGCCGUUUGACAGUCUGAGCUACAGACUACCUGAUACCUCGUCCAACAGCUACUCCUCCUCUGUUCUCCCCGAGGCCACUUCAUACAGCUACAGGAGCAGCAAUUCUUCGAGCGAGCUUGCCACACAGCCAAAAGAUGAUUGGGGGAGGAGCUUUUUAAGGCGGGAGGAGUCUGCUGCACCUGCAGACGACACAGACUCAUCCUGUUUCACCGGAGUGUUUAAGGCAACGCUUGUGGAACUCGAAGACCCCUCGGCAUCUGUGUGCACACCCCCGGAAUCCCCCGACACAGACGCCUCCAACCAGUAUGAGAUGGAGAACCUGGUGGAUACUCUGAAGAGCAUGGGGCCGGCGUUGAGACCGAGGGGCAUCGGUCUGCGGGGACCACCUCCGAUACUGCAUUCGGCUCUUCCGCCAAUUGUGGAGGAUGCUCCCAGCCCUGUUACUUCUGACGUGUCCAGUCCGAUAAAGACGACGAUGGCGUCUGGCACAGCUGCUGAGGCCCUCAAUGGAAUUUAUACUCUGCCUGCUGAUCUGGGCCUGAAGAGAAAUUCCACCAGAGACACACGGUCACCGUUGGAGUUAAUGAAGAAGCAGGAUCAGCCUGCAACAAGAACCAUGCCCCUCCGAGCAUCAGCCACAAACAGUAUUGUCAUGAGGCAAUCCUCCGACAUUUCCGAAGAUUCCAAUGGAAAUGCAAUGCAACAGUCUUCAAGCUCUCGCCUGGACAACAGUGUCAUCUUCGGAAGUUACCGGUCUUCCUCUACGGAUCACAAACACGAAAACGGCAAAGUCCAUCAACCGGUGUUCCGCACCAGCUCCCUACCAGAUAUCGGUACUUCCAACCGUCUCAAGGAGCUCAGUGAAACCAGCACCACGACGGACUCACCGGGAUCUCGAUUUGAACGCGUAUCGUUCCUCUUAAGUUCCCCAACCUCUUCAAGCUUCACAGCCGGAGCUGACGACAUCAGCAGCCGCAUGAAUCUACCGUCUCUGCAAAGCAUCACCUCUUCACCACCUUCAAGCACCACUUCCACACGCCUCUUAAGUCCCACUGGUUCCUUAGAGCCUCACCGGUUGUUCUCCACCACCGAGUCCUCUGCGUCUAAGUUUGGUCAAACGGUGGGUCAGGGGGUCGGUACCGGCGCACUGAGUACCCCUGUUCUGCAAAGGAGCUUCAGUAAUGAUUCCAUCCCAGUGGGAACCCAAAAGAAUUUGCUGAACCAAGGAAAUCUGCCUAAAGGAUCUCAAAUCCAAAAACCUGAGCCAGAGAGGAGCGUAAAAUACAGAGCCUUCCCUGAUGCUUAUCUCACCAAAGAAAAGGAACACGGCAAGCUUAACCCUCGACCCGGCAAGAUGUACAUUUUCGACCGGCCAGGGAUGUGUGGCCAGAGGAUCGAGCUGCGUAGCGAUGUUGUUGACGCUACAUCGUGGGAGCUGCAGGAGACCAUCUCCAUCAGGGUGGUCCGAGGAGGGUGGGUGUUGUAUGAGAAACGUAACUUCAAAGGGGAGAAGAUCGCCCUGGAUGAGGGCGACAUCGAACUCACUUGCCCGUUCCUUCCCCCGGAGGAGCAGCAGGUGAACGGACAGAAGCAGAAUGGAGAACAAAAUGAUGAAACAAGCGAGGAGAAAAAGGAAGCGAAGCCAGACAGGAAGUUUGUCAUUGGAUCUGUCCGAAGAGCUGUGAGGGACUACAGCGUCCCUGAAAUCAGUCUCUUCCCAGAGGAAAAUGCAGAAGGCAAGAAGGUGGUCUUCAGGGAUACAUCCGAUGAUGCAAGAAUCUUUGGUUUCCCCAUCAAGGCUAACUCCAUCAUCAUUAAUGCCGGACUAUGGCUUGUAUUUGCAAAGCCCUUCUUUGAGGGCGUACCGCGUGUCUUGGAAGUCGGGGGGUAUUCCAAUCCAGAAGCAUGGGGGGUGGAACAGCCAUAUGUGGGGUCACUGCAUCCCCUCAAAGUAGGUGAACCAAGGGUGGAAAAUAUCAGUGAACCAAAGAUCGAGAUCUUUGAAAGGUCGUACUUCACCGGCAGAUCUCGGGUCAUCACCACAAACAUGAGAGAUUUCAUGACACGACUGGACAAGCAGCAGAAUGCCUUCAUGUACACUGCAGGCUCCAUCAAAGUACACGGAGGAAUCUGGGUGGGCUAUGAAAAGGAGGGAUUUCGGGGUCACCAGUACUUGCUGGAGGAAGGAGAGUACCAUGACUGGAGGGUGUGGGGAGGAUCCAACCCUGAGCUGCGCUCCGUCAGGGCCAUCCAAGCUGACCUCAGCGACCCCUUAAUGGUGAUGUUCGAGCAACCGGAAGAGGAGGAGGGUGGAGCCACGCAGGAGGAGAACACCUUCGAGGUGACGGAGGCCAUACCAGAUGUCGAGUUGUUUGGCUAUCGAACCAACACUCGUUCCAUUCAAGUAUUCAGUGGGGCUUGGGUUGCGUACUCGCAUGUGGACUUCUCCGGUAACCAGUACAUCCUGGAGAAAGGCUACUACAGUAAUUGUGCUGACUGGGGCUCUCAGGAGACUCGCAUCUGCUCCGUGCAGCCCAUUCAUCUGGCUCCAGCUGAUGGUAACAGGACCAGGAAAGAGAUACUAUUGUACUCUGAGCCGGACUACAAGGGCGACUGUCUUAUCUACAACUAUAAACAGGAAGCAGAAACUGAAAAAUUCCAGACCAAGUCCUGCAGAGUUGUGGGAGGCAGCUGGGUUCUGUAUGAGAAUAAAGACUUCACCGGGAUCAUGUAUGUCCUAGCAGAAGGAGGCUACUCCACAUUAACUAGCAUGGGCUGCACACCAAGCACCUUCAUCCGCUCCGUCAAGGCUGUGCCGAUGACCUUCUCAGUCCCCUCAAUAUCACUGUUUGGCCUUGAGGGUCUGGAAGGGAGGGAGGUCACCACAGACUCUGAACUCAUCAGCAUGGUCGGGGAAGGCUUCAAUGAUCACGUCUUGUCCGUUAGAGUUAACAGUGGAUGGUGGGUGCUAUGUGAAUACAGCAACUAUAGAGGGCGCCAAUUCCUUUUGGAGCCAAUUGAAAUUACCAACUGGCCCAAGUUCAGCUCUCUGCAGACAGUUGGCUCCAUGUAUCCAGUCAGACAGAAGCGGCACUUUUUCCGCAUUAAAAACGCAGACAGCGGCCACUUCAUGUCCGUACAGGGAGGGGUGGAGGAGAUGAAAUCCGGGCGGGUGGUGGCCGCACCAGAAGUGGAGCCUAUGAGUGACAUCUGGUUCUAUCAAGAUGGCUUUAUCAAGAACAAGAUGUCGCCAGCAAUGAGCCUCCAGGUCAUGGGCACCAUUGAACCGGGAGCCAAGUUGGUUUUAUGGAACGAGACCCGGCAGCCUGCUCAGACUUGGGUGGCCCAGAUGAGAGGACUAAUCACCAGCAUCACUUUCCCUGGCAUGGUCAUGGAUGUUAAAGGUGGAAAAAGCUACGACAAGGACCAUGUUGUGAUUAUGCCGGAGGGUGAAAGGCAAAGCCAAAAUUGGGAGAUUGUACUGCUGAAUUGAACCGUCUCCAACACGAAUAUGAAUAUCAUAAUAUUAUCUGCUCUUAUUAUGAGGAACCAGGAGCCGUCACCGGCACUGACUUAAAGUCGAUGUGAAAGUCCAUAACUAUUUUUAUGUAUAAUAUAAGCAUCACGUUAUGGCGUAUGUAUUAUACAUUGACAUGCAGAGUUUAUUUACAACCCAAAACAUUUGCCCAAAUGACUUUGACGCUUGCGGUUUACAAAUCAUGCAUUGUUUUAAGUUUACAACAGUGGAUGAAUAAAGCCAAGGAAUGUACGGUAUGCAAAAAAAAAAUGUUUAAGCUAUUUUUAUAUAUAUAGUAUGUAUUGUAUGUUUUAUGAUGUUGCUCUUCUUGUUUCAGUAUAUUGUUUGUCAUUCUAUGGGAUGUGUAUGUCCAGUUUCUAUCAUUGUUUAAAAAUGAAGAUAUAUUAAAUAUAUAAAUAACAGUAUAUGUUAUUCUUUAACAUGAAAUGUAUGUACGAGGGUGUGGUUGUAAAAAUGCCUAAUAAAAAAACAUGUCAA